UUUGCUAAGGCUAAGGUAUGCAUGUAUGAAUGAGCCUUUGGCAAUGUGAGGGAAAGAUAUUGUUAAGCACAACAAUAAAAAGCGAUCAUUCCAAUAACCACUUUGCUUAAAUGCAUGUGAGAUACUACAGUUAUCGUUAAGAUAGUAGGUCAUCAAAAUUGUGACACAUAAAAUAAAAUUUUUUCUUAUAUUUCAAUUAAUAUUUGCUUAUACAAAUCAAAAGUUUUUAGCGCAAAAUUACUCGAGUUUUAACAAUAUAUGUUAUUGUGGAAAAGUAAAACAGUUUCAGGUACAUACAUACAUAUGUUGAAGUUUAACCCAUCACAAGAAGCGGUGGCCGGAAGUGCGGAACCACCACCUUCAACUACCUCCAUUGGAAGUAGCAAUGGCGUUGAAAUGAACACACAGUCGGAAGCGAAAAACACGAGUACGCGCGGUAGUACCCGAAAAUAUGGUCGUCAUGAUGCCGGCUGUUAUGAUGGCAUGUCUGACGAUGCGACCAACUUCAGCUCCAGCGCCGAAAGCCUCGCAUCAGCAAGAAGAUCGCACAGAAUGCGACAGGUAAGUGGAUGGAGGCCAACGGCCGCGAACGACAACGAUGGCGGCGUGUCAGACUGUAGUCAAUGUCGUAAACAUCGCAUGGCAAAGGCGAGACGUAAUCGGCGGCGGAAAUCACGUUCACGCAGUCGUCGCCGCCGCCAUUAGACUUAAGCGCUUCUUUUGAUCUUUUAAAAUUUUUGUCUCACAUUUAUUUCUUGUACAUUUAAUACGCGAAAUAAAGCGUACGUGAUAUACCUGUAUAACUACAUAGUACAUAUAUUUGGUCUUGAGUAUAUCGUUACCUUAAUAUUAAUAAGGAUAAGUCGCUGAAUUUAGCUGAAAUCCAGUGCCGCAGACUACCAUUUUUCGGUCCCCGACGAAGUCGAUCAGCCUCAGUCGAUUAUUUCAUCACAUAGAAUGUAUUUUCCGACAUUGGCGGCAAAUAUCCCUUCCCUGGCAUUGAAAUUGUCUAGCGAGAUUUUGUUAUGGCAACAGGAACCACACUCGUAGGUGCACUCCAAGCUCUCAUAUUUAAAAGUGAUCCUUGGAUGUCUCGUCCUCAUACGUCAGGGCAAGGACGCAAAUGUGCGAUAUAUUGAAAAUUUUGUUUGGAUGGGGCUUGCGGCGAGACACUACUGGGAUCAACAACAUAACUAAGCAAUGAAGUAUUUCUCCAACCACAUAUUCCACACCGUAUGCUGAGUCCAAUAAAGUCCUUUAAAGAGGAGAUAAACCAGUUUAGCAGAGGCACCUUCCGACGUGGCACACUUCUUGGCCCUCCCGUUGGUUGAGUUUUACGACAACGACUAAAUCGGUGGCCAAUCAUGUUAUCGGGAAAAAAGAAAACAAACAUUUUCGUUACAAAAAGGACGUUUUACAAUGUCAGCAUGGAGUUGAGAGUGCUUCAUCUUUUUUAUUUCAACGCAUGCUGAAAUAAUAACCGUGGUUGCAACGUGGGUGAGAUUGCAGUAGUAUUUGAACUUGGAAAAUAAUAAAUAAUAUUCCUCUGGUAUCUUCUUGAACAAACACAUUUGCUACUGUUCUAAAUUAAGCAAGGUCCGACGCAUUAUCUGAUUAACGAAAGUCAUAGAAGGAAAGUUACGCUACAUAUCAACUUAGAAACAAUCCGUGUAAAAUUACAUUGGUAUGACAACGACGACCAAACCUUGGUUUUGGUUGAUUUGCUACCUCCAACUCAUGUCGUUUUUCGAAAAUACAGAAAAUACUUUCAGAAAUUAGAAUGUAAUUUUUGGGGAUUUGAAUUAGGUGGAAUUCAUUGUUUUUAAAAAGUUUAGGUUUAUAAUUAGUAUGUAUUAUUUAAAUGCAUUAAUGAUAAGAGAAUGUGUGUAAUAAAGAUUAGGGAAUAGAGAAUAUGUGUAAUUGCGAUUCAAAACUAAAAUAUAAAUAAA